GGCGCCCGGUUCGCCGUAUCUCUUUUGGAGGCACUGAAUGGCAAAGAAGUGAUUGAAUGCGCGUUCGUGAAGUCGGACGUCACGGAAGCCGCGUAUUUCUCCACACCAUUAGUCUUAGGCAAAAACGGCGUCGAGAAGAACCUGGGAUUAGGAAAGCUGUCGGAAUUCGAGCAAAAUCUGGUGAAAGGCGCGAUCGCGGAGCUCAAGAGUAGUAUCAAAAAAGGCGAAGCGUUUGUCAAUAAAUGAUUGAUUGGAUGGCAAUAGACGACAAUUAAUACACGAAAUAGAAAAGUGAAUGUAAAAUGCAUUUAGAGUGUAGUGAAUGUAUUGUAUAAUAUCAUGAAACUAUGAGAAAUGUGCAUAAAUUAAAUAAAAUGACAGCAA